CAUAAACUCUUUCAAGCUAGAACAGGCCUACAACUGACACCGGUACGGUCACUGAUAAACUUAAAAAAGACCAAAGGUUUGACAAAACUCAACAGCAGUGAUCUUUGGUCGAGUACAAAUGCACCUGGAUCUUCCUAUUUGGAGAAAAAGUUGUUUGCAGGUUGAACUGAACUGGAGAGACAUGCUGAAUUACUUCCUUGUUUGAGCUGGCAACACACAGACUAAAUUCAAAGUUAUGGCUCCUCAGACUCCAUGCCGAAAGAAGAAUGUCAAUGAACUUGUGCACCUCUCACUACAACAAGUUUGUGAAGAAAUGAAGAAGGAUAAGUCGGAUAAUCACAUGUGAUCCUGUCAGCUUCUGUCAUAGGCUGGACGUUGAGUAGCACCUAAAACUGAAAAUGAGCCACAGGGGACAAAAAAAUCAGGGGCCGGGACUCACAGAGGUCUGGGACAUACUAGUUAAAGCACCUCCGCAACGACUGCUCAGCCUGACAUUCCAGCUGGGUGAGUCUCCGGAGGAUAUUAUCGUACACGCCUUAAGUCUGAUCAUUCUCCAGAAAGAGGUGCGGGCCCUGAACAGACUCCAGAUGUUGGAGGACAACUGCCUCGCUAAACAUCUAGCUGAAAAGUGGCAGGUGAGUGGAGGCAAAUUAAAAGAAUUUGCCAUUCACUGUGGUCAUUUCCAAGAGCUUACAAGAGAAUCUUUGGCACUUUUGGCUCGUAUUUUUAAGGUUUUGACAGAACAGAGGCUGUGUGAUCCACAACUAAGAGAUCUGGCCUAUAAGAGAGCCCUUUCCAGUGACAAUGAAAGAACAAACAGUAGCGAGGGUCUGGAGUAUGGUCAACUCAGAGAGGAAGCUAAAAAUGUCUGUGGGCCUCAGUUUGCAGAGUGGAUGUGCUCCUCAAAUGAGCUCAGGUCAGGGUCUUACAGUGAUCCUUUUAGCAGCCUGGAUGAAGGAAACACAGCUUUAAAAAUGAAUCUGUCUCAAGAUCAGUCAACUCACAGUCUGCCCAGCCCACUGCAGGCCACCUCUUCAAUGCCCUCAUACCCUACUCAUCUAGAGAUAAGUUUCCCUCCAACAGCCUCAUUUCAUGGUGAUAGCAUAAUUUCACAAACAUCAGAUGAAUCCAAUCUUAGCGCUCCCAUUCUCCUUGUGACUGGAGCAAGAAAUUCACUCGGACAAUCUCUCACAUCUCAGCCCAAAUCCAGUGAAUCUUCUAUGUUUGGUGCAAAGAUACACUCAAAGAUGGAUGAAGCUGCAGAGAGCAGUCAGCUUGACAGUCUCACGGCUCAGAAAGAGACUGUCAACCAAGCCAAGACACCAACCACUGAACCAAACUUUGCACUACCUACAACAGCAAACACUUCUCUACCCAAGAUGACCGAUCCAAAUGAAGAUGCAGAAGAGGAGGAUGAGGCAAGAUUUUUUGCAUUUGUUAUCUUGCAUGCACCAGAGGAUGCAGAUAUGGCCGAGAGCAUGAAGAAAAAACUGGAAACGGUCAUCGAUUGUGAGGGUGCAACUUUUUUUGGUGACUUUGACGUCCCUGGAAAAAGCACCUUUGAGUGUUUAUCGGACGCCAUCAGCAACUCGGCCUUCACUGUUCUGCUGCUUACCCGCAACUUUAACAGUGACAAGCAGAAUAUGGAGACGGACUGCGCUCUUAUCAACACCUUAAACAAGAAAUACAAGAAAAACACUGUUAUUCCUCUGCUGCCACACGACAACUGCAUGCCCAAACAGAGCAUGCCUAUGGUUUUGCAGACAAUAAGUCCACUGGUGGAGAACAAGAACUUUGAGAGGAGAAUACCACUGUGUUUGUCUCCAGCGAAGAUUAAACUGCAAAAAAAAUGCUGGACUAGAGAACAGGAUGUGAAAAAGCAGAUAGAGAGGCAGGAGAGACUAAAGCAUUUAAAUCAGCACCAAAAGGAGUUGAUCAGAGAGUGUGAAGCAGCAAAGUUGCUGGAGGAAGAGAAGCAUCGGCUUGAAGUGGAGCAAAAACGUCUUCUUGGCCUCCCUCUGCCACCAGAACAGGACAACAGAGCUCUGCAACAUCAACAACAAACUAUUCACAUUGAAAAUGCUCAGUACAUUAUGAUUGGUGAUGGCUCCAAUAUGAAAGUGUGCCAAGGUCAAGAAAUUCAUGAUCCAGAAUACAGGGAGGAGGAGCAAUAACCUCACAGAAAACUAUUGAAAUAAUAAUAAAAUAAGAGAACUAAUGAUGUUUUUUUGUCUGAACACUAAAAUGUCAGAGCUUUAACAACCACUUUGGGGAAUUCACUGCAGAUUGUUUGGUGACAUUUAAACCUGUUGGUGGAAGGAAUUCAAUAAAACUGUCAAAAGAGCAA